CAGCUCCUUCCAGACGCCCACUCUGGAACGCCGAGUUCUGUGCAAGGCCGUGCUAAGCCCAGGUGGGGCACGCUGCCAAAGCAAACCUCUCAGGCUGUCCCCUCGGUGCGCUCACCUCUCCAGAGUGCCCUGAAAGUAUUUAUCUGGCCCUCUCAGCCUUCCCUCACUUCCAAGUGGGAGCUCCCCUGGGUUCUUUUGCCACUUGAGCUCAGCUAGAGGGACGGAGCCGGCAAUGUGGGGUCUGCUGUCUGGACAGAAUGAAAGCCCCCCCUCCACUCAGGGAGCGCCAUGACCGAAGUUGGUUGGUGGAAGCUGACCUUCCUCCGGAAAAAGAAAUCCACCCCCAAGGUGCUGUAUGAGAUCCCGGACACCUAUGCCCAGACGGAGGGCGGCGCGGAGCCCCCGAGGCCUGAGGGCGGGGACCCCAACCAUGACUUUAACACCCGCCUGGAGAAAAUUGUGGACAAGAGCACAAAGGGCAAGCAUGUCAAGGUCUCCAAUUCCGGCCGCUUUAAGGAGAAGAAAAAAGUUCGAGCCACCCUGGUGGAGAACCCCAACCUCUUCGAUGACAGGGAGGGUAAGGGACAGUGAAGGGGGCCGCGGAGGAUGCUAGCACCUCCCUGCUCCCUGCCGCCGCCGGGCGCGCCGACAGGAGCUUGCCACGCUGGCCUCUGUGGCCACAGCUGGAGCCGUGGGGGCAGCUGUGCCUACGGGCAGGAAACGUGUGGUUUUAGGUUUGUAUUCAUGUGACCCAGCUCUCUGGGAAGCCUGGGAGAUCCCAGGGUCCUCCCACUGUCCCCCCACCACACACAAAGGCACUCCAGUUCAAGGAUGACAAGCUCCACCCGGGAAGGACAGCCUUCCUUGAAGCCACAUCGGGGGCGGGCAGGGAGGAGGCCACGGAAUGGACAGAGGGAGCCCGUCCGACUUCACUUCCUCCCAGGGCACGGGGUCGAGGGUGAGUAGAGAAAGCCGCUCCCUCUGCUUUCUCUACCCAUGACUGUCCCCUGGACCCAUUCUGGGGGUGCGUUGCCCAGAGGCCACGUGACGGGGGGUUGAUUCCAGGAACCAGAGGUCUCCUGAACUUGAGCUCACCUCCUCGCGCGUGUGGGAGACUUGCUGGAACUUUGCCUCUAGUUCUUGCAGGGGGAGGCGGACCCUGACACGUCCUGGGGGCGCUGCAGAAGGCCAGGUUAGGGACCCCACGGGCCCAGAUUAGCGGAGGGGUGAGGAGGCCCUGGUGGGAGCCGGAAGCAGCCGGUUCUCUCCCCUCCUUCCCUGCUUGUAUUUAAGACGAUCGGCCCCAGCCAUGAAUCCCGAAGCCUUGAAUUUUGUUUAAAAAAAUAAUUGUAGGUUUCUCUCUCUUUGUAAUAAACAAUGCUGCAAAAGCAGAGAACCUA